GGGCCGCGGCCCGCAGCUCGCGGCUCUGGGGGCUCGGCUUUGCCGCGCUCGGCGCACUCGGGCGAGAGCAGGAACGUGCAACGGAGCUCCGAUCCCAGCGCAGCCACCGCGAUGAGAGGCGCUCGUGGCGCCUGGGAUUUUCUCUGCGUUCUCUUCCUCCUGCUCCGCGUCCAGACAGGUUCUUCUCAACCAUCUGUGAGUCCAGGGGAACUGUCUCCACCAUCCAUCCAUCCGGCAAAAUCAGAGUUAAUAGUCAGUGUUGGCGAACAGAUUAGGCUGUUAUGCACUGAUCCAGGAUUUGUCAAAUGGACUUUUGAGAUCCUGGGUCAACUGAGUGAGAACACACGGAGUGAAUGGAUCAUGGAGGAAGCAGAGGCCACCAAUACAGGCAAUUACACAUGCAUCAAUGAAGGUGGCGUAGGCAGUUCCAUUUACGUGUUUGUUAGAGAUCCUGCAAAGCUGUUCCUCACUGACCCACCCUUGUAUGGGAAGGAAGGCAAUGAUACACUGGUCCGCUGUCCUCUGACAGACCCAGAGGUGACCAAUUACUCCCUCAUGGGGUGCGAGGGGAAACCUCUUCCCAAGGACUUGACGUUUGUCACCAAUCCCAAGGCCGGCAUCACCAUCAGAAACGUGAAGCGUGAAUAUCAUCGGCUCUGCUUGCACUGCUCUGCAAGGCGUGAUGGCAAGUCAGUGUUGUCGAAGAAAUUCACCCUGAAAGUGAGGGCAGCCAUCAGAGCUGUACCUGUUGUGUCUGUGUCCAAAGCAAGCUAUCUUCUCAGGGAAGGGGAAGAAUUUACAGUGAUGUGCUUGAUAAAAGAUGUAUCUAGUUCUGUGGACUCAAUGUGGAUAAGGGAAAACAGCCAGCAGACUAACACACAAGUGAAGAGUAAUAGCUGGCAUCAGGGUGACUUCAAUUUUGUGCGUCAGGAAAGGUUGACUAUCAGCCCAGCGAGAGUUAAUGAUUCUGGAGUGUACAUGUGUUAUGCCAAUAAUACUUUUGGAUCAGCAAAUGUCACAACAACCUUGGAAGUAGUAGAUAAAGGAUUCAUUACUAUCUUCCCUAUGAUGAAUACUACAAUAUUUGUAAACGAUGGAGAGAAUGUAGAGCUGAUUGUUGAAUACGAGGCGUACCCCAAACCUGAACACCGACAGUGGAUAUAUAUGAACAGAACCUCCACGGAUAAAUGGGAAGAUUAUCCCAAGUCUGACAAUGAAAGCAACAUCCGAUAUGUGAGUGAACUUCAUCUAACCAGAUUAAAGGGGACCGAAGGAGGCACUUACAUGUUUCUAGUGUCCAAUUCUGACGUCAGUUCUUCCGUGACAUUUAAUGUUUAUGUGAACACAAAACCAGAAAUCCUGACUCACGACAAGUUUGUGAAUGGCGUGUUCCAGUGUGUGGCCGCUGGAUUCCCAGAGCCCACAAUAGAUUGGUAUUUUUGUCCAGGAACUGAGCAGAGAUGUUCUGUCCCCGUUGGGCCAGUGGAUGUGCAGAUACGAAACUCCUCUGUAUCACCAUUUGGAAAACUAGUGGUUCAAAGCUCCAUCGAUUAUAGUGCCUUCAAGCACAAUGGGACGGUCGAGUGUAGGGCUUACAAUGAUGUGGGCAAGAGCUCUGCCUUUUUUAACUUUGCAUUUAAAGGUAACAGCAAAGAACAAAUCCAUUCCCACACCCUGUUCACACCUUUGCUGAUGGGUUUUGUGAUCGCAGCCGGUUUAAUGUGUGUCAUUGUGAUGAUCCUCACCUACAAGUAUUUACAGAAACCCAUGUAUGAAGUACAGUGGAAGGUUGUGGAGGAGAUAAAUGGAAACAAUUAUGUUUACAUAGACCCAACACAACUUCCUUAUGAUCACAAAUGGGAGUUUCCCAGAAACAGGCUGAGUUUUGGGAAAACCUUGGGGGCAGGCGCCUUUGGAAAAGUCGUGGAGGCCACUGCAUAUGGCUUGAUUAAGUCAGACGCAGCCAUGACCGUUGCUGUGAAGAUGCUCAAACCAAGCGCCCAUUUAACGGAACGAGAAGCCCUAAUGUCUGAACUGAAAGUCUUGAGUUACCUCGGCAAUCAUAAGAAUAUUGUCAAUCUUCUUGGAGCGUGCACUGUUGGAGGGCCCACCCUGGUCAUUACGGAAUAUUGUUGCUAUGGUGAUCUUUUGAAUUUUUUGAGAAGAAAACGUGAUUCCUUUAUUUGCUCAAAGCAGGAGGAUCACGCAGAAGCAGCACUUUAUAAGAACCUUCUGCAUUCAAAGGAGUCUUCCUGCAGUGACAGUACUAAUGAGUACAUGGACAUGAAACCUGGUGUUUCUUAUGUUGUACCAACCAAGGCAGACAAAAGGAGAUCUGCGAGAAUAGGCUCAUACAUAGAAAGGGAUGUGACUCCUGCCAUCCUGGAAGAUGACGAGUUGGCCCUAGACCUGGAGGACUUGCUAAGCUUUUCUUAUCAGGUGGCGAAGGGCAUGGCAUUCCUUGCUUCAAAGAACUGUAUUCACAGAGACUUGGCAGCCAGAAAUAUCCUCCUUACUCAUGGUCGAGUCACAAAGAUUUGUGACUUUGGUCUAGCCAGAGACAUCAAGAAUGAUUCUAAUUAUGUGGUCAAAGGAAACGCUCGGCUCCCUGUGAAGUGGAUGGCACCCGAAAGCAUCUUCAACUGUGUGUAUACAUUUGAAAGUGAUGUCUGGUCCUAUGGGAUUUUUCUUUGGGAGCUCUUCUCUUUAGGAAGCAGCCCCUACCCUGGAAUGCCUGUUGAUUCUAAGUUCUACAAGAUGAUUAAGGAGGGUUUCCGAAUGCUCAGCCCAGAGCAUGCACCUGCUGACAUGUAUGAUAUAAUGAAGACAUGCUGGGAUGCUGAUCCCCUAAAAAGGCCAACAUUCAAGCAGAUUGUGCAGCUAAUUGAAAAGCAGACUUCAGAUAGCACCAAUCACAUUUAUUCCAACUUAGCCAACUGCAGCCCCCACCAGGAGAACCCGGUGGCGGACCAUUCUGUGCGGAUCAAUUCUGUCGGGAGCAGUGCUUCGUCCACCCAGCCGCUGCUCAUACAUGGAGAUGUCUGAAGCAGAAUGAGGGCGUCGGGGCCUCCCUGACAAGAACGAUCCCCAUUCUUUUGGUUUCUGUAAUGGUUAUUUCAUUUUACUUCGGCUUACAUCCUACUCCAGGGUGGUGGACACCUGCUGUCAUGCUGUCAUGCUGUCUUUAUGAGCACACUUCAGUGGCUGAUGACUUUUGUCAUCCACCGCCAUUCCAUUGCAAGGGUUCAAAUUGCAUAUAUUUCUAAUAGCAAGGUACCCCCAUUAAUGAAAAAAUUUCAGACAUGGAGAAAGGGAGGGUGGGGUGGUCUAGACACCCUGAGUCCUUUACAAGGCUUCUGCAGCAUUUGUUUGGAAAAAUUGAUAGUUUAUUUCAGUAAAUGGCAAUAAUCACCCUGGGCCCGUGUAACCACCUGUAAUGAUAUGAUGAUGCAGCGAGAUUAGAAACUGAAACCUAAUCCCUUGAUGUUGGAAAUAGAAUGUUAUUAGAACAAAAGGCAGAUGUCUAUGAAUAUCUGGGCUUACAAGAUUAGUAGUAUUUCAUGCUGGGAAUGAGACACAGGCCAUGGGAAAUGCUCCCAAAGCGGGAAUGAAGACCUGCUGCUAUGCACAAGCCUUUGUACUACUGACCCAGUUUGUAAAUAGAGUUCGCUAUUAGGGAGCUAAAUUGGAGAGAAGGCCUCCCAGCCAGCAUUUGUAUAUAUCCAUCUAUAAAGUAAAUAUGUUCAUAUGUUUGAGGGGGGAAAAACCCACAGGUGUAAUGUCUGGAUUUAACUCUGGCUCAAUUCUGCUGUGUGUGGGAAUAGAUUAAGAGCCAGACAAGUUUGAAGGAAACAGUUAUGUUAGUGCUUUUUUUUUUUUUUUUUCAAGAAAAAAA